CUUAAAUUCUCAAUCAUUCAAAACUUCUCAAGUUCGGUUCGAAAGCAACUGGCCUUUCUACUGAUCCUAUACCAAUAAACAUGUCCAUAUUAUAAUUCUGAAGAAAUACAGGAACAUCUAAAAUCGCACCAUCUCGAAAUUCUGGAUCAGCAUAAAAAUCCAUAACGUCAUUACCGCGACGUAUUUCGUAUGACUUCAGUUUCUCAGGAUUUAGAAACAAUCCGUUUAAUACACGACUUGUUGUAAUUUUCAAUAAUAUCAUAACCAACAGCAACAGCGAUAAAUUCGCCAUUGCGAACAAAAUGGAAACAAUUGCCAUAAAAAGUCGAGAUGCGGAUUUUAUAUAGUCUCGUAUUGACGUGCGUAUGCUGCUGGAAAUGUGAUAAUUCUCUUUACGAGCUUGUAACGAAUGAUCUUAACAAUAAUAUAAAUAGCAAAUGUUUAACACACGAUAAUUCGCUAUGAUGUUUGAAGAAACAUAUAUGAAUAAUAAUAGUGUUUUUUGUUACUUAGAAUUGAAAAAGUCUUACAGAAUUACGACAGUCCUAGAGUUACCAGUGAAUUAAAAAUCACCAUCUACGACACUCACAAAAAUUGUUUACAAAAACCAAACAAUUAAAUAAACGCUUACCAAGAUAAAUUCAACACCAGUUCAUAUUUUUUCUAAAAAGCAUUUGUCAAGUUGACUUAAUGGUAUUACUUUGUAGAUAAAAUCUAUUAUUGUGCAAAGUGUUAUUAAAAAGGGAAAAAUUCGAAUAGAUAUUUCCAGAAAUUAUUUCAGUAUGUGCAGCGGUGGUUAGCAGUUCUAUGUCAGUUAAAAGUGGAAAGUAACGAACAUGCGGAGUAUUGUGUUGACUCUAUUUAUUUCCAUAAAAUUAGUCCAACCUUAUAAGAUUCCACUACCAAAUCUACCGAUGAAAUAUUGUUUACGCGUGACCGUCACUGAUCAAUUCCAUACGAUUUUUGUUGACAACAGCAAUGAAACCGACCAAAUUUUAUUAAAAGAGUGCAUAAUUAAGAACAUACAUUUGAAUCAAACGAUACUACUGCUAUCAGGACCAAAUUUAAAUCAACCAAAGCAAAUCAUAAGCAAUCAAAUUAAUUUAAUAAUUAUGACAAAAUUUUUGAAUUACGGAUUAUUCGAUAUAUUCAACAAGUCUCUACAUAAUGUCAGAAGAUUUCACUGGAAUAUAUUCUACAUAGUAGUGACGGUUAAUGAUGGCACAUACACAUGCAAAGGAGGAAAAUUUGAUGAAGCCAACACGAAUGUCAUACAAAACUUUCUAAAUGAUUUCUGGCUCACAUUUCGAAUGAUGAGAGUGAUUCUCGUAUUUCCAGUUUCAUGCCCUCAAACAUAUGUCUUAUAUGGUGGAAAACUACACACAAGUAUGCCACUGUACAAUAGAACUAUAAAAUUAAUCAGACCGAAAACGUUCAACGAAUUAUCUUCGGCUAUAAUAAAAAGCUCGGAAGGUUUAACAGAAGGUUAUCCUUUGAAAGUAACCAUUUUUCCAAGAUUCCCCACGUCAUUGCCUAAUUGCAACAAUAUUCGAAAUUAUAUCAAUUUCAACGGUACUCUAACCAAUGGUAUAUGUGGAUUGGACGGAUUGAUCAUGCACGACACUUUAAAACAUUUAAAAUUCAAUGUAAUUUUUAUUAAUGAUGAACAAUGCUACCAAUUUGGAUACGUGAACUACACACAUCUAGAAGCUUCUGGAAGUCUCGGUUGCGUGCUAAACGGCACAGUGGACAUAUCUUUUAAUUCUAGGUUUAUGAUCAACUACGGUAUUGAGAGCUUCAAUUAUUUAUACUAUGUAAUGCAUGAUUCUCUUUGCGCUCUACUACCCGUUCCAAAAAUUUAUCCAUUAUGGCAUUAUCCACACGCGCCCAUAAAUUAUUUUCUACUAUUCGAUGUUAUUCUUGUAAUAUUUUUGCUGGUGCCUUUAGCGUGGAUAUCAGAUAGAAUUAUAAACAAAUUAACCGGCCAAGAGCGUGUAACAUUGAAGGCAUGUCUUUACGAUUUUAUGAUAUGUAUGUUAUGCGGAUUUUCACCGAGACGAUAUUCUAGAUUCUACCUAAUACGGGGAACAUGUUUGGCUUGUUCAAUCAUUUAUUUAGCCUAUUAUCAGGGUUAUAUCAACUACUCAUUUACGACUUUCAAACGUUACGAAAGAAUUAAAACACUCCAGCAGCUGUACGAUUUGAAUUACGUAUUAUAUACGUCGCCUCCCGUCCGAGAGCUUAUUAUGCCACUGAAGAACCCUAACAACCCGCAAGAAGUGAAUUUCAUAGAACGAGCCAAUUUGCAACCACGUACAGAUAUUGGGAUCGUAUUGGAUUUGCCUAAAGCAGUAACACUGGGACGCUAUAGUGACGUACGUUCAGAAAUUCAGUUGAGAUACUGCGACAGACAUGGGAAGCCAAGGAUAUAUGUGGUCAACGAGUGUUUUCGACACCACUACUUGUCCUAUAUCAGUAAAUUUGGUUUCCCAUUCACGAAGACCUUAAGAAUAUUCAUGGAACGCUUGUCGCAAGCAGGUAUACCUGAUAAGUACUACAUAUGGACUCGUCGCACACUGCACGUGCCAGACCUGUUGCACAAAGAAGGCCCCGAACCAAGGCCCAACCUCAAAAUAAACUUAUACGACCAAAUUAUACCGUUUGGAAUACUUUUAUUUGGAUAUUUAGUCUCUACCAUCACGUUCAUAAUUGAAUUUUUUCUAACUAUGUCAGUCGUAAAAUUAGCAUAAAUUUUGAAUUCUAUAUAUUCGUUCUAUAAAAUACAAAGGUUUAUGAAUUUAACGAAACUAAAUGAUAAAUUCCUUAUUGCGUAUUAUAAAAUGUAGAUAUUGCUUUAAGCAUAGUGUACGUUGAUAUUUAAUUUGUAAUGCAUUCGAAUUCCCUUUAUUAUGCACCAAUCAACUUAAUUAUUGUAUCAUUGACUCAUUUAGCAAUCAAAUAAGCUUUGUGUGAUACGAAAUAAAAGAAAUAAAUU